AUGGCGGUGUUAGCGGUGGGAGUGGAGAGUCAAAUGAGUCCGAGUGAGAGUUACACACACUCUGCUACGUUGAGAUCUGGAAACAUUUUAUUGUAUUGGAAAUUCAAUGACACUCAUAUUACGUUUGAGGUGAUUGGACAGACAACCGGGUGGAUUGGAAUCGGAUUUUCACCAAACGGAGCUAUGACAGCAUCUGAUAUUAUUGUAGGAUGGGUGAAAAAUGGAAUUCCUACAGUGAUGGACAGACACGGAGGUUCAUCGAACACUUACCCACCUCUUGACCCCGAACAAAAUAUUGAAAUACUGGGAGGUGCAGAAUCAAAUGGGUGGACAAUGUAUAAAUUUUCGCGUCAGAUUGCUGCCUGCGAGAGUGCUUAUGAUAGAGAGAUCACGUCAAACACGGAAAAAUUGAUUUGGGCAUAUGGUGACGCCGACCCUACAGGAACAGAUCUUGUCACGGGUGAUAACCAUGGAACAAAAAGAGGAGUAGAAAGCAUGUAUUUUCUGCAAUCUUCCGGAGUUCCAACUGGUCUUCCUGUCGGACCUGUAUACAACACGUUUGAGGUUCUGGCAACAGAAUUUACUAUCCCAUCAGAAGAUACAUAUUACAAUUGCAAUCUCUAUAAGCUUCCGGAUUUUGGUGGAAAACAGCAUAUGGUUAAGUGGGAACCGAUUAUUCAAGCUGGAAAUGAACUCCACGUACACCACAUGAUUGUGUACAGAUGUGGUGACAUGCUAGAGAACGAAUCUGAACUGGGACAGGAUGCCAGUUGUACUUCAUCAAAUAUGGCUCAUUUUGCCACUUGCUCGGUUAUCAUUCUUGAAUGGGCAGUUGGAGCAGGGGCAAUGAUAUACCCCGAGGAAGCUGGUUUUCCUGUCGGUGGACCAGAAGAUCCAGUGUACAUACAGUUGGAAACACACUACGAUAAUCCAAAUAUAUUAUCAGGUAAAAAAUUCGUAGACAUUCUUGGAGUAUAUUUGAGACAUAUUAUACUUUUUGUCACCGCUAAAAUAAUAAAAUACAAAAUAAAUAUGGAUUUAUUGAUCGAUUAA